CUAGAGUCUAAAGUCUAGAGUGACUUCUUUAAAUCAGAUAUAUAGAUCAGCAAGAGCAAGUACAAAAGAGUUGAACACAAUUAAAAAGAAGGUUAGAAAGAAACCCAGUUACAGGUUACACAUGUUUACUGGUUUACUCUGCUACAUAACUUGUUCUUAGAUGCCUUCACUCAAAGUGUAUCUACGUGUGGAUCCUUGUAAGUGAAGACAGUUGUACUUCUGCGAGGGGAGGCAAGCAAAUCAUUUCAGUCAUGAUAUACAUUCGAAGAGAUAAACUGAAAUUCAUUUUCAUGGUGUGUGUCCUCAUAAUAUCUGCAAGCUUUGUCUACAGACUUCUACAAACUAAUCCUGAAUUAACAUUAAAAAAUGUUGUAGAUUCAAUGGGAAGAGCAAAUACUGUCAAAUUGAAAUUUGAUCAUCACAAAAAUGAUGGUCCCAGAGGUGGCAAAUGUGGCCUCCCAGCACCAUGCCCUAAAAGAGAUUUUGCCUUUAAGAUUUCCAGUGGUGCAACAAGCAUCAUUGGACCACAAAUAUGCUUUGAUGGGAAAAUGUUAAUAAAAAGAGAGAUAAGAGGUAAUCACCAAGGAAUCAGUGUUGUUGUUAUAAAUGAAAAAACAGGUGAACAUAUCACAACUGGCAGCUUCAAUAUGUGGAACGGAGAUGUUCGUGACUUGAUUGCAUUUCUGAAGUCAAUUGAGGAUGGUUCACUUGUGUUGAUGGCCACUUUUGAUGAUCCAGCCACAAAACUUAAUGAGGAGGCAAGGACACUUAUAACAGAGUUUGGCAGUUCCUACAUUUCCAAAGUGAAAUUCAGAGAUAACUGGGUCUUUGUGGGAGGGAAGAAGACAAUAACCCAAGUCUCUUUUGAGCAGCACUUAAAGAAUGACAAGAAAACCAAUAAAUAUGAAAGCUGGCCAGAAAUGAUAGAAAUUGAAGGCUGCAUACCUCGACUGGAAUAAUAUUUCUUACAGCCUCAGAUGUCAUUUGCUCUAAAAACAUUUAUUCUGCUAAAAGGACAGUUGCCAACCACUUAAUCAAGUCAUGCACCAGCAACUAUUUCAGGACUAUGCACCAAGCUGGACCACAAUGCAUUUCUGAUGUAGUAUUUGGAUUAUUUUGGACAGUGUUCAUGUCUUCCCAAAACGUGGCAAUUUGUUUUCGUCCACUGUUGUUGACAAGUGUUUUUUGUUAAUAUCUCUGAGACCAUACAUGCCACUGUUGCGAGUCCUGGUGUAUCUUAAAGAGGUCAUCCUGGACUAAUAUAAUAUAAUAUAAUAUAAUAUAAUUAUUGGGUUUUAUUGUUAAAAAUUAGAUUGUAAGAUGAAUAAUUAUAAAUAAUGUUUAUGCCAGUGGUGUAUUUAUUAUAUCUUCUGAAUGUUGCAAAACAAAAUUUUUUUUUAUUGUUUUUGUGUACCAUUUAUUAAACAGUACUCU